GAUCAAGACAUCUGAUUGCAUUCAUAACCCCAUGGGGACUCUACGAGUGGGUCCGAAUACCUUUUGGACUAUCGAACGCACCAGCUGCGUUCCAAAGGAGCAUGGAGGGGAUGCUUGACAGUCCCCCAAGCCUUGCAACGCCAUGGGGUAAAGCUGAAGCCAGAGAAAUUGGUAUGUUCCAGUGAUGGCUCAGUUGUAUACUGUAGUUCAUCAGUGCUCCUGUAAACUGUGACUGCUCAUUCAGAGCAAAUCAGACAGGAUGGCUGCACCUCAGAGAGGAGAUCUUUCGGCAUCUGAAAGAAGGAUUCUGCAAGUUAUUGCUGCUGGUGAUGUACAGGAGGCUGCCCAGCUGCUUGCAAGCAAAGAAGUACGAGUCGACUGUUUGGACGAGAAUGGUAUGACUCCACUGAUGCAUGCAGCCUAUAAGGGCAAGGCAGACCUGUGUCGCCUGCUGCUGCAGCACGGAGCUGAUGUUAAUUGCAACCAACACGAAUAUGGAUACACUGCUCUCAUGUUUGCUGGCUUGUCAGGAAAGACAGACAUCACCUUUAUGAUGCUUGAUGCAGGAGCAGAGACGGACAUGGUGAAUUCUGUGGGUCGCACUGCUGCUCAGAUGGCAGCUUUUGUAGGCCAGCAUGACUGUGUUACAGUGAUCAACAACUUCUUCUCACGGGCAAGGCUGGAGUACUACACCAGACCACAGGGACUGGAGAGAGAGCCCAAGCUGCCGCCGAGGCUCGCAGGACCCCUGCACAAGAUCAUCAUGACCACCAACCUGAAUCCAGUCAAGAUAGUCAUGCUGGUGAAGGACAACCCUGUACUGAUUGACGUGGCAGCUCUGGAAAAGUGUUACCAGGUGAUGGAUCUGCUCUGUGAGCAGUGUGUGAAGCAACAAGACAUGAACGAGGUUCUGGCCAUGAAGAUGCACUACAUCAGCUGUGUGCUGCAGAAAUGCCUGGCCUUCCUACAGAAAAGAGAUGACAAGUUGGAUGCGCUUGUCAAGAGCUUGUUGAGGGGGAGAGACAGUGAUGGCUUUCCACAGUACCAGGAGAAGUUCAUCCGGGACUGCAUCAAGAAGUUUCCUUACUGUGAGGCCACACUCCUUCAGCAGCUGGUGAGGAGCAUUGCACCGGUAGAGAUUGGCAAUGAACCAACAGCAUUCUCCGUGUUGACCCAGGCCCUGACAGGUCAGAUGGCGUUUGUAGAUGCUGAUUACUGUGCUGCAUGUGGGGAGAAGGGAGCAGACAAAAGGUGCUCCCUUUGUAAAGCAGUAACUUACUGCAGCUUGACAUGCCAAAAACUCCACUGGUUCACCCAUAAAAGGAUGUGCAGGUCUCUACAGGAGCAGGAUGCUGACCUGGAGAAAGACACUCCAAGAUUGAAAGAACUGAAAGAUGAUGAAAGUGACCUCAUGAUGGAGACAGCCAACUUCCUGCAGGAGCUGUGUCUGCGGGCAGAGGAGAAGGUGGCAGCUGCUGGAGGCUGUCCUGCAGAGCUUCUGGCUUGUCCCUCCACCUCAGCUGAGGGACCGUCCUGCACCCAAGACUGAGGCAGGAAAGCCAGCUAAGUGUCCUGAACGAUACUGGUCUCUUUGUCAAUUUUCACAAAAGUUACAUAUGGAGAUUUGUGGCUGAAACUGGUUUUGUCAGUAGGGCCAAUCCUAUUUUGCAUAUCUUACACCAAGCCAUGUAGUUUUAGAUUACAAGUGAUUCAAAACCUGCUCCAGGUAACUCAUCAUUUCCGCAACUGCAAAUACUUGAGUGGAGCAACCGGUCACUACUUUGAUAUCAAGGUGACUUCCUGCUACCUUUAUUUGUGAAAUUAUACUGUCUCCACAUUGUAUCAGUUUUAUACCAGGGUAUCUUAAACAUAAUUAAUUAAUUUGACCUAGGAAAAGGAUGGUUCUAGUAUAAAAUAAGGGAUUGCAGAUGAGUAAUGAAUAAAUGAAUAAAUAAAGGCAAGAACAUUUUUCAUAUAUACUAUCCUAUUGCCUCAGAAAAUAAUUGAUAUGGUCUGAUUCUGCAAAAACACAGAUUACACUCAGAGACAACAUUUACACUUAUCAGCCUCAGGUAUAAAUCUUGUGUAGCUGGCAUUUUCUUGACCAUGAAAUUGAUUUGGUGAUAGCAUUAUCUGUAUUGGUAACAAUGUCAACAAUGAUUGAGUUGCAGCACACAAACAUCAGAGAGACCCAGUCCAGUCAAGUGGAGCUACACCAGGCCAUCAGGGGCCUUAAAUCCACUGUUUUAUACAGUUUGAAGGGAACACUAUUUCAUCUGUGCCUAUGUGACUGUAAUAAAGUGCAGUUUCUCAUAAAACCAACUUUUUUUUUUUUUUUGCAAAUGCAUAGAUAUACUGAAUAUCAAGUUGUGAACUGCAGUGUCUUACAUGUGGGUUAUCUGUACUCACUGUAUUCCUGCAUACAUCAUAAUGUGGGAAAGACUUUGCUUUUAAGUGGUUGUUUAGCCAGUCAUAAAAGAAUACAUACCGUUCAGUUCCAUACAAAUGCAGACAUAUACUACAAAGUGAUUCAAUUUAUAAAGAAAUACAUUUAAUUACAUUUACUUUAUUUUACUUUAUGGUUUUCUGAAAUUAAACUAUAAAAAUACUGUUGUGUCAUGUAUGCAGUAUAAUAUAUAGUAUAAUACGAACUUAGCUGUGUUCUUCAUGUUUAUUUUUAUGAUGUGAUGUAUAUUUGAUCUUUGUCAGUAAAUGGUUCUGUUGUGAUGUCAAAGCAUUGAUGACCAGUCGCACAAAAAUGUGGAAUUGAAGAAUGUUAAGCAUCUGUAGUGGUGACUGCUUUAUCUGUUAUAUAUCUGCCUUAUCGUUUUAAAAUUAAUAAAGUUUGCCUUCAUCAGAG